AUGAGACUGAUAAUUACACUUGUUAUACUUUAUCUGCACUUUUCGGAUUCUGUAACUUUUAAACCCUAUAGAUUUUUCACUUUAUCGUUCGUACCAGUAAAUAGUCGUUCACGGAUAUAUCCACGUGUUUUGGAAUCUAGAAUUAAAGGACAGAUUGAUCGUCAAAUAUACGAGAUACUCCGUCGCCGUAUAGAGCACAGUACUGAAACCCCGGAAAAACGUAGGGAAAGGAUUGAAAGAGAGAAUAGAAGUAAAUGUGAUGGUUUAUUAUAUGGUCCAAAGACGAACUAUAAAAUUUACAUUGCCCUCGAUAAUCGACCACCAGAUGAAUUAAAGACUAGAUUUCGUCACAUAUUGAAAAAGUUGAUUGUAGCAGGUGCGGAGUAUGCCAAUCUGUAUUACUGUGGUCUGAAGAAAUUGGUGCGUCCCAUCAAGGGAAGAUAUGAAGUUCGGUUUCUAUUGUUGGAACUUUCAAUUUAUCCAAGUUUAAUUAGACAUAUAAGACUAAGGUUCAGGGACGAGGCUGCAGUUCUUCGUGUGUUGAUUCUCAAGGAUAAGCAUCUUGACAAAGAAAGACGUGAUUAUGUUGAUAAGGAUGACCAAGGCACAUUCAGUUUUGCUGGAGGGCAUAAUAGUGCCAUAGGUAUAGAUAAUGGUGGUAGUCACGUUGUUAAUCUUUAUGCUGAUGGAUUUACUGUGGACAAUGGACCUUUUAGACCGCUCAGUGAGCCACAAAACUCCAAAUUCCUAUCGGAUAUUAAGAGCGGCAUUGCACCUCCUGAAUUCCAAGAUGGCAAUAACGAGGUUAGCAUACGCUUAAUUGAUCAUCAGAACACACGUUUUAUCAAAGAAGAUGUGCCCUAUGAAGGAAAUAAUAGCUCUAGGCCGAAGUUGUCAUCAAGUAGUGCAGAAUAUCGUUUGGGCGAAAUCAACACAAAUUUACGGAUUAAACUACAUACGGGUGACUUAGUAAACCUGACUAUAUCACAAGAUGCUACUGUUAAUGAUUUGCUACAGUUCAUUUCUCAGAAUACGGGAGUUGCCAUUAGCAACAUAACUUUGAUGUCUGGAUUUCCCCCUCGUAAAAUAGUGCCUGAUGGCCUAUCCACUUUGAAGGAUGCAGAUAUUUUGAAUUGCACUCUCAUUCAAAAGCUAAAUACAUGA